AUGGCAAAGAGGAGAAAUCAGGAAAUAUUAUCGGUGGCAAAAAAAAGUAAAGUGGAAAAUCAGGAUGAAAGCUCUUCUGACAACCUGUGUCCAGAAGACCUGCAGAAAAAUGGAGACUCAAAUAGCGUCAUUAAGGAUAGGUUGUGUCAAGCUGUACGACACAGUGCCAAGCAAUUCCUUGAUCCAGUACGGAAAUUUAAUGGACAACCAGUGCCUUUUCAGCAGCCAAAGAUUUUUACUGGAGGUGUGAUGAGGUGGUACCAAGUGGAAGGCAUGGAGUGGCUAAGGAUGCUUUGGGAAAAUGGUAUCAAUGGCAUUUUAGCUGAUGAAAUGGGGUUGGGGAAGACAAUCCAGUGUAUUGCAACAAUAGCACUGAUGGUGGAGCGAGGAGUCCCCGGUCCAUUCUUAGUAUGUGGUCCUUUGUCUACUCUUCCAAAUUGGAUGUCUGAAUUCAAGAGGUUUACUCCAGAGAUUCCACUAAUGCUCUAUCAUGGAGCUCAGCAGGAACGUCGUAAACUGGUUCGUAAAAUUCAUGGGCGACAAGGAUCACUGCAAAUCCAUCCUGUGGUCAUUACUUCCUUUGAAAUAGCAAUGCGAGACAGAAAUGCCCUGCAGCACUGCUUCUGGAAAUACCUGAUAGUAGAUGAAGGUCACAGGAUUAAAAAUAUGAACUGCCGCCUUAUCAGAGAAUUGAAACGAUUUAAUGCGGACAAUAAACUCCUGUUGACUGGUACUCCCCUGCAAAACAACUUGGCAGAGCUUUGGUCCUUGCUUAACUUCCUGUUGCCAGACGUGUUUGAUGAUUUGAAAAGCUUUGAAUCCUGGUUUGAUAUUACCAGCAUUACAGAAACUGCCGAAGAUAUUAUUGCUAAAGAAAGGGAGCAAAACAUCCUGCAUAUGCUGCAUCAGAUUCUGACACCUUUCUUACUGAGAAGACUGAAAUCCGAUGUUGCUCUUGAGGUUCCUCCUAAACGAGAAGUUGUGGUAUAUGCACCACUGGCAAAGAAGCAAGACACUUUCUAUACUGCUAUUGUAAAUCGCACCAUUAGGAAACUGCUUGGAAAUAAUGAGGAAGAAGUAGUUGAGUUGAGCCCUACAGGCCGACCAAAACGCCGCAGUCGAAAACUGGUUGAUUAUUGUGAAGAACAUAAUGGUUCACCUGAUGACUUGGAAAAAUUGAUCAGCAAAAUGCAAGAGGAAGUAGAAAAAGAGAGGCCAGUGGUAGAAGUGAGUAUUCCCAUGGAUUCAGAGGUGAACCUUAAACUGCAGAAUAUUAUGAUGUUACUGAGGAAAUGUUGUAAUCACCCCUAUCUUAUUGAAUAUCCAUUGGACCCUGCUACACAACAAUUCAAGGUUGAUGAAGACCUAGUAAAGAAUUCAGGCAAGUUUCUACUCUUGGACCGAAUGCUUCCAGAACUGAAAAAGAGAGGACAUAAGGUCUUGUUGUUCUCGCAAAUGACUAUGAUGCUUGACAUUUUGAUGGAUUACUGCUAUCUGAGAGACUUCAAAUUUAGUCGAUUGGAUGGCUCUAUGUCCUACUCGGACAGAGAAGAAAAUAUGCGUCAGUUUAAUACUGACCCUGAAGUCUUCCUGUUCUUAGUGAGUACAAGAGCUGGAGGCUUGGGCAUUAACUUAACUGCGGCAGACACAGUUAUCAUAUACGAUAGUGACUGGAACCCCCAGUCAGACUUGCAGGCCCAAGACAGGUGUCACAGAAUUGGCCAGACAAAGCCGGUGGUUGUUUAUCGUCUUGUGACAGCAAAUACUAUUGACCAGAAGAUUGUGGAGAGAGCUGCUGCCAAGAGGAAGCUGGAGAAGCUGAUUAUCCACAAAAAUCAGUUUAAAGGUGGCAAAUCUGGUCUAGCACAGUCAAAGAGCUGCCUGGACCCUCAGGAAUUAAUAGAAUUGUUGAAAUCCAGAGACUAUGAGAGGGAGGUUAAAGGAUCUAAAGAAAAAGUAAUCAGUGAUAAAGAUCUAGAGUUACUCUUGGAUAGAAGUGAUCUUAUUGAUCAAAUGAAGACCUCUGAAAAAAUGAAAAAGGAAAAAAUGGGUGUCUUCAAGGUUCUAGAAGAAUCGUCAGAUUCCAAUGCAGAAUGUGUGUUUUAAUGUGCAAAUGUGGCCUGUAGUCUUACAGGAGAAACGUAUGACUGACCUAAGAUCUUCCAGAGAUGUCACUUACACGUACUGAUCCUUUACACUGACUUUCUUUAAGGCCUUGUUCAAAUCCCUUGUGUUCUUUCAGUGAAUUUUAACAUGUUCUACAGUAUAUAAUGCAGGUGAUAGUUUCAUGUUGUAGCUUUGGUAGGCUCUCAUAAAGAAUUAAGAAAAUGAGCAUGUUUCACAUCUGCAGCUAGCUCUUGUGAUCAGUGGUAAAAACUGGCAAAUUUGU